UGAAAGGCAAAACAAAUUUCGAAACCGCAAAUUAAUUUUUCCGGUGCCAGUGUGGCGGCGCCGCCAGUUCAAGUUCUUCCUGUUAACGGCGUUAGUGUCUUUUGAGUUUGUCUGUCUUCAGGGUUGCGUUUGAAUUCGAAGGCAUAUAUGGAAGAACAGAGCAUUACACCCUCUACGGUCCAACUUUUCGGGGCCGUUAACAGAUCUAUGGCUUUAAAAGGAACCGGGUCACCGGUGAAUCCAGAGGCUCAGGUGGAGGUCGGUGAUAUGGGAACUCUACGGUCUGGGGAAGGGUCGGACGCAACUGGGAAACAAAUCGUUCAGCCGAAGAAGCGGGGGAGGCCUAGGAAGUAUGAUGUUGGUGCGGUCACGAGCUCGUUGCCCGCCUUAGCCCCGCCGGAAGGUGAUUCUGCGAAACGGGGUCGGGGGCGACCCAAGGGGUCCGGAAAACUGCAGCUUUUGGCUGCUCUUGGUGGAUGUAUUGUGGAGACAGCAGGAGGAAACUUCACCCCUCAUGUAAUCAAUGUUCUUGCAGGAGAGGAUGUUCUCAGCAGAAUAACAUCAUUUGCUCGAAAAGGUCCUCAAGCAAUCUGCAUUCUUUCUGCUACUGGAUUAGUCUCCAGUAUUGUUAUACGCCAGCCUGGUUCUUCUGCUGGAAUGCUGAGACAUGAGGGACGUUUUGAAAUUAUAUCUCUAAAGGGGUCUUUUGUCUUUAGAGAAAUAGGGGGUUCUCACAACAAAAGUAGCAUGUUGAGUGUUUCACUUGCUAAACCGGAUGGAAGAGUUUUUGGUGGUAGUGUUGCAGGUUCUAUGGUUGCAGCUGGCCCUAUCCAACUUGUUGUUGCCAGUUUUAAACAAAGCAUCGGUAGGGAACUGAAGAGGAAAUACUCGGCAGAAUCUUCCACAGCUGCCAGCAAUUUUGCCAAUCCAGCAGUGUCAAAAGGUCCAAUUUCUAUUCAUAGAAAAUUGACAGAUGAUGAAGGGCUCUGCACCACGGCAACCCCAGCACCAGUCCACAUGGAAGCAGAUAAGGUCAUUGCUGAAAACCACAACUUCAUCAACACCAGUCCUCUCCCAAACACUCAGCUCUUGCAAGCUCCACUAUCCUUGGAAGAUGAGAUCAAAUCUCCACUCACCAAUACUAGUAGACCAGAUAUGCGAAAUGUUAACUUGAAUUAGGUUUUCUGUUGGUGGCAUACAAUGGCUGGCUGGCUGCAGUAACCGUAGGCAGCAGCGAGAUUGUAUGAUGAGUGGCAUGAUGAAAGAGGCUGCACCAGUAUUUUCCCUGUGAUUACAGUUUCGUUGUUGUAGCACAUUAUACAUGGGCUGACAUCAGAGCAAUGAGCAGCUAGCUGCUUCAGUUCAGUAUUUAUUUAGAUUAGAUUAGCCCUUAGGAUUUCAGAUUUGAAGUUACAUUUCAUAAAACCUUUGUCUUCUGUGACCUUGACAUCCAAACUUUAG